AUGCCUCUACCGAAAGACCCAAUCGCUCUCACCAUGAACGCUCGCAAUGAGUCGAUGGCCGAUGUCCUUCUGACAUACCCAUUGGAGAUGGCAGAUGAGGACAACGUGACAACGUUGUCAUUGGGCGAUGGUGAAACCAAGACCAGUGUUCGAGUCCCAGCGAAAUGCAUCGACUUCCUCACGGUCACGAUGUGUCAGCUAGACGUAUUUCGGCGUACCGCCGAUGCCUUGAUCGAUCGCCCUGAGAUACCGGUCGACGAUCCUGACGUUCAGUUUUACCUCGCCCUCGUUUCAUACGUUGCUUCAGUAAUCACCACGUUUGUUCGCGAAGUUGAGGAAGGUGGUGCCAAGGCCACCGAAUCAAAUUGGCGGUCGGCAGCUCUCGACUAUCACAUCGCGCUGACAUUAGAAAACAGCGCGUUCGCCUCGACACACCAGCGAGUUGCCGAGGAGAAGAUGAACCGCACUUGGGCUGAUUUCAGAGCGAAGAAGGAUUACAAGAGAAUCAAAUCGAUGACACAUCAAAGUCUGCACAAGGCAUUGUGUGCAGAUGGCGACGAUUCGUGCGGUGGCCCUUUCGUGCACAAGCGCAGCAUUGACGAAGUGAUCAACGCGGCGAUUGUGGAUAUAGAUGCCAUGAGAGCCGCAGCGGCGUCAAGCUCUGUCCCAGAGCCAGCAGGAGCGUCAAGCACUGUCACAGAGCCAACAAUCGUCGAUGUCGCAAUUGCACAGCCCACCGCCAUCAACCAUUUGUCCCAUCAACCAUUUGAGGUUUGCAUCACCCAGAAGCCUCGAAUCAAAGCCACUGCGACGGUACGUCGCAUGUCGACCACGGUGACGAAACCUAGCCAGGCGUCCUCGUCAACUACAAAAUCUGAGAAAAAGUCGAAACUACGGGGCGACCAUGUACCUCGCAUGUCGGCCAGUACAGGACCUCGACUUCAAUCUCGUCAACAAACCUUGGAUCCGGAGUCAGAGAAUGAGGUGGACCACAGCGAACACGUGGCCACCGUAGUUGAACGUCAAGAAGUUAGGAAGAAGCCGGUCAAGGCACGCAAGACAAAGAAGCAGGCCCCGUCGAAGAAAGGAAAGGGGAAGGCAAAGGCACCUCCAAAGGUUCUGGUCGUCGACUCCAGCGAUGAGAUAUCCAAUGUAUCCAGCACCGAUAAGACCUUCCCAGUCAGCGAUAGUAAGUUAUUCGUUCAUGUAUGA